AUGGCUGCUCUACAGAACCUGUUCCCAGUGGAUCAUGCGCAUGUUCCACUUGCAAGCAAAAAAGACGUGAAUCCCACUGAGAAACUCCAUCACGACAUCGAUGUCAAGGAGGAGAAUGACCAAGUUGAGUGGUGGCAAGACACAGGGCGCCUGUGCGGUCGAUUCCUCCAAGUAGCCGGGUAUAGCCCUCAGCUUCAGGACUAUUACCUGGGUUUCACAAACACCACUCUCAUCCCUGCUCUGGGUCCGCAUCCGCAGGAAUGGAGAAGCGUCAUCACGCGCAGUGGGCUCGCCAUCGAAUACAGUCUGAACUUCCAAGAAAACACCAACCCCAUGCUUCGCAUCGGGUUCGAGCCGAUCAGCUACCUCGCGAAGACAGACAAGGAUCCCUUCAACAAGGUGGCUCACGCGGAGCUGUGCAAUCAACUAGCCCAGAUGGGACUGAAGGGAUUCGAUUCGACCCUGUUCCAUCAUUUCGCCAAGGACUUUCUCCUGUCGGAUCACCAAGCCGACAACUUCCCAGCGGACCGGAUCGGGCCCGACACCGUCCGGUCUCAGGCUGCCUUUGGCUUUGACUUCAAGGACGGCAAGAUCGGCGUCAAGGGCUAUGUCUUCCCCCGCCUGAAGGCCCUCUCCUCCGGCAUUCCCGUGGGGCAGCUGAUCAUGGACUCUGUGCGCAAGGUGGAGCACCAGAUGCAGUGCUCGGGACCCGCAGUCAGCCUCUUGAACGCAUACAUGGAGGAGAACGGCGGGUACAACGAGUACACGUUUCUGUCGUGGGACUUUGUCACCCCCGCCCAGUCGCGGCUGAAAUUCUAUGGCGUGCAUAACGAUGUCACCAUGCGCAAGGUCGCGGAAAUGUGGACCCUUGACGGCCGUCUGCUGGACGAGACCACCCUCAAGGGCCUCGUGCUCAUCGAGCGGCUCUGGCGUCUUCUGAAGAUCGGGGAGGGUGUGCGCGAGUACGAGGGGACUUGGGAUGACGGCGUCAAGUCCACAGACAAGGACGUCGCCACUCCCAUCGUGUGGAACUACGAGAUCCGACAAGGCUGCGAUCAACCCAUCCCCAAACUGUACUUCCCAGUCCAUGGUGAGAACGACUUGCUUGUGGCCCAGGCUAUCUCCGAGUUCUUCCGGUCCAUUGGCUGGAUCGACCGGGCGGAGAAGUAUGUGGAUGAACUGCGCUUCCUCUAUCCCGAAGAGGAUAUUGCGACCACUUCUCGUCUGCAGUCGUGGAUUUCCUUUGCGUACACCAAGCAAACUGGUGUUUACAUGAGCGUGUACUAUCAUUCGACAAUUUCCUACCCUUGGUCCCACUAG